AUCUUACUUGGUUGUCUCUAGCACACGCACUAAAAACUUGGGCGUCCACUCAAAGUACUGCGAAGAUGGUUUUGAAAGCUGUAUGCGUGUUGAAAGGAGCUGGAGAGACCACCGGGACCGUUUAUUUUGAGCAGGAGGAUGGUUCAACCUCCGUGAAGCUGACUGGAGAAAUCAAAGGCCUCACCCCCGGUGAGCAUGGCUUCCAUGUCCAUGCUUUUGGAGACAAUACAAACGGGUGCAUCAGUGCAGGCCCUCACUUCAAUCCCCACAACAAGAAUCAUGCCGGUCCUAAUGAUGCGGAGAGGCAUGUUGGAGACCUGGGGAAUGUGACUGCAGGAAAAGAUAAUGUUGCAAAGAUAGACAUCACGGACAAGAUAAUCACCCUCACUGGCCCGUACUCCAUCAUUGGCAGAACCAUGGUGAUCCAUGAGAAAGCUGACGACCUGGGAAAAGGAGGCAAUGAUGAGAGUCUAAAGACUGGAAAUGCUGGUGGACGUCUGGCUUGUGGUGUCAUUGGCAUCGCCCAGUAAACAUUCAACACGAAGCACUGGAAACAACUUUUCCCCAAAGCACUUAAUAAGACCAACGUAGCCACUUAAUGUGACAAUUUGUCCUUUUUGAGUACUCUUUAUUUACAGAGUAGAUGAGCCAUGCUUUACCCUGUCAGUUCCUCAUGACAUUUGUUUGUUUGGGUUUAUAUGUCUGCUGAUUAGUUUUGGUCCCAAAGAUUGGUAACGCACAAGCACUAAACAGAUGUACAUAAUUUACAAAGCUAAUAAAUUGUUCAUCUGAAUCACA